GCGCGGAGUGUGCACGUGUGUCGCUUGUGCUCCGCGAUUGACUCGAUAAAAUCCAACUCAGUGAAUCCACGAUGAUUUGACGUAGUGUUGUGCAGUGAAUUUUUUUAUUUUGUUUCUUUCGAGAUUCGAGACAGUGCUAUCUUGCUUGUCUAUGAAUAACAAUAUUGACAAAGAUAAGAUUGUUUAGUGUUAAGAUUGUGUAGUGGUUAAUGUAUGAACGAAAUUUUAAGUUUCUUGGAUCCAGUUGGAUACGUUCAGCGAGUAACAUUGAUGAACACCAAUUUAUGUGCCGUAAUGACUGCAAUGAUGAUCAGCUAUGGUACCAUUAGCUCUAAGCGAGAGGAAUAUUGUAAAAAUUUCUACAUAAAAAAUAUCGGAAAUUUUCUUCACCAAUCGACGCCCUAAUGAAGCACUCCGCAGACGGGAUAUUGAGCUAGAAGCUUCUCUAACUACCUCUCGAGCGCAAUAAAACAACACGCCCAAGCAAUUAUUACCGGAGAACCACUGCGAACGAAAAUAAACUGUAUUCUUUACCACACAAAGACGAGUUCCCUCACUGUCACACCGAGUUCCAAUGGCUGUGCUCAGAAUCGGAAAGUCAGCCCAUGCGAUAUGUCAAUUGAAGAUUAUUCCCAACACUAACCAGAUACACUCCAAAACCAGGAAACUUCACGACGAAGUCGUUUUUCAAACUUGACUAAUCAGAUCUAAGCGAAUUCAAUAAGUAACAACUGUAUAAAGUAGAAAAUCAAAACCAAUGUAUGGGAAGGUCAAGACAACGAUUGUAAGCGUCUCCUGCACCAGGGACUCGUAUGGCGACUCAAAGUCAUAACUCUCACUGUUUACUGCCCAACUUUAUUGCUUUAUCUUCGCAUCUUUUCAUAUUGGUAUCCUUUGUACUGCUCCAAACGUCUAAAGCCUCGGUCAGUUUCAAUGAAUCUGUUAGCUCCGAGUUCAAUAUCAGCGGUCUCAAUUCAUCAGUGAACUGGACGCUUCUGGACGAUAACAGCACUGACGCUAACGUUCAUGUCAAACAUAGCAAAUACUCUAUUGGCGUCAGUAUCUUGCUUGCCACGAUUUUUAUGAUCGUCAUCAUCGGCACUGUCAUCGGAAAUAUACUUGUCUGCGUCGCUGUUUGCUUAGUCAGGAAAUUGAGAAGACCUAGCAACUAUCUGAUUGUCUCUUUGGCAGUGAGCGAUAUCUGCGUGGCUACAAUAGUGAUGCCGAUCGCAAUGGUUUACGAUAUAAUGGGAACGUGGCCUUUCGGACCUGUAAUUUGUGAUUUCUGGGUUUCUAGCGAUGUCCUCUCAUGCGCUGCUAGCAUAUUAAAUCUGUGCAUGAUCUCCGUCGACCGAUAUUAUGCUAUUACGAAACCUCUAGAGUACGGCGUGAAGAGAACACCAAAGAGAAUGUUUUUCUGUGUCUUCAUCGUCUGGAUGAGUGCCGCUUUUAUAUCGCUCCCACCAGUCCUGAUAUUGGGCAAUGAGAAGACUGAGACAUCAUGUUCUGUAUCCCAAAACAAGGUGUACCAAAUAUAUGCUACUCUCGGUUCGUUUUAUAUACCGCUCACUGUGAUGAUAGUAGUAUACUACAAGAUAUUUAGCGCUGCUAGGAAGAUUGUGAAGGAUGAGAAGCGUGCUCAAUCUCAUUUGGAGACUCACUGCUACUUGGAGAUAAAUGUGAAAAAUGGCGGAGCCGCGGAGGCAAGGCUUCUGGGUACGCAACCCACGCCACCAGCGGUCGCGAGGGGAUCUACGGCUAGCACUAACACUACGUGUAGUGUAGACAAAACAGAAAGCACCAUCGGGCGGUGUUUCAGCGGACAACGCAAGUCCAACGAGUCGCAGUGUCCCAUGUUACAGCACAAUAAGACCCCAACAAAACCUAUUCACACCAUUAACCGGUCCACGUCCCACGCCAGCCAGACCUCAGACAAUAAGCCCCAAACCAAGGAACGAAGGAGACAGUCAUCCGAAAGUAGUAGUCAUAAAAUUACGACCAACAGAAUUAGGUCAUCACUUUCAAAUUUUGCUCAAAAAAGUCACAUUGCCAAAGACUUACUUCACUCGUCGCAUUCUCCGCAUCAGAAGAAGCUAAGAUUCCAAUUAGCUAAAGAAAGAAAGGCAUCGACAACUCUUGGGAUCAUAAUGUCUGCGUUUGUUAUCUGUUGGCUUCCUUUCUUCGUGCUCGCCUUGAUAAGACCCUUUGUAGAAGAGGGUGCUAUACCCGAUGCGGUAAGUGCAUUAUUCCUGUGGUUAGGGUACAUCAACAGUUUGCUUAAUCCAAUAAUUUAUGCAACUUUGAAUAGAGACUUCAGAAAGCCGUUCCAAGAGAUCCUUUUCUUUAGAUGUUCUAAUCUGAACCACAUGAUGCGAGAAGAGUUUUAUCAUACGCAGUACGGUGAUCCUGAUCCACAUUACUGCGUGAAUCAUAAUACUAAUGUGCACAAUUAUGAUGAAGGAGUGGAAAUAGUUUCGGCGGUGGAGCGUGACGACACGAGAGCAUCUGAAAGUUUUCUAUGAUUGUCAAUGCCAGAGGUCCACGCAGACCUGGAUACUGUGAUCUAAUUAAGACUUUUAAAGGUAGAACAAGGUCUAACCGUGUUGCGUUGUAUUUCGUUUGACUUUUAUAUUAAGUUGUUUCAAAUCAACUAGUCGUUAUUAAUUUGUAAAUUAUUCCUCUGAGGUUUAGUCAAAUUACUUAUAAGUAUAAUGUAAUUAAGUAAAUAAAUAUUGUAGUGAGUGGCAUUGAAACGAAUGCUAUGGAGAUGUAUACUGGUCAUUCACGGCAGGGCAUCAUAGGGUUGAAUAAUAAUUCAUCAAAACAAUUUCAUCACACAAAUACACAAUAAAUAUUAAAUGAUUCAUUCCUGUUUAUUGGAGUCAUUAAUAUUAUUUCUAUAUAAAUUAUUGUACAAUUCGUAAUUUCACUGAUAAAAACUUAAAAUUGGUUAACUGUAUUCAUAAAAUGUCCCCGAUGUGUGCAAUAUGAUAAAUAAAUAAUUAAUUUAUAUUAAAGUACGAUGAGUUUGUAGUCAAUACUAACUUAUAUCACUAUGAAACUGUAAGCAUCACUUUUUAAUACGCUUGCUUGCUCUGUAUCGUUUAAGGGUCAACUUUGAUAUUAACUUUAGCUUGAGCAGAACAAAUCUAAGUUGUGUAAUCGGCGGCAGUGCGCAGGUUAAAGUUAACGUCAAAGUUGAUUUGUGCACUCUUAAUCUAAACAGAGAUUAGAGAGAGCUAAGCAUGAUUUGGUGAUACUUUUGAGCUUUUGUGUGGUUUACAGCCAUCGCUCCAGAAACCACUCCAAAAUGUGAGACAUAAUGUGGUAUAAAUUUUGGAAUGACCAAAGAGAUAGAUUUUAAUCGAGAUGUUUUAUAUUUAAGCUGUUGUGAAUUUGAUAACCAUAGUAUUAAUACGUAUUAUAUUGUUAUGUGAAUGGUAUAUGUAUGAGUUAACUGUAGUCAAAAGUAUUUUAAUCCAUGUGAUAGUAGGUUAGACAGAAUUUGUUUCUUAUUAUUCACCCAUUUUGUGUUAUGAGUACCUGUCGUUAUAUUAAUAUACGUAUUUUAGUAAAUUCUUUGCAAUAAAAUUGUUAGUAUCUAUAAUAGGCUCAUAAUGAAGGUAUAAAUUAUAUAUUAAUUUUUGGCACUGCCAUGAACUUAGAUGUACAAUAAAUAAUAAUAAUAGAAAUUGAUAAAAUACAAGUAAUUUCUGAUGUAUAGCAUUUUCAAAGAACACAUAUAUCUUUUCCAUAUCAUCAUAAAAACGCCGUUUUUCUUGUCAGACAGGAAUAUCAUAUCACAGUGUUUUUGCAUAUCGUCACAAUUAUUUUCAUCGUUAAUAUUUAAUUUUUCUUUUUAUUUUUCGACGUUGAGAAUACGAAAAUCGUACAACACCUAGAGUGAGCAUAACGAAUCUAUAUUUUUCUGUAAUCUUACUCUCUCACACACAUGCAUGUUUAUUGUUGCAUACGUCAGGAAGCCCAGUCACCUUUUUAUUCGAGUCUACUCUUAAAACGACUAAAUGUAUAUUCAAUCUCAUCCUGUUUUGAGUAGUGGAUGUAAAAAUAUACGAGGCAAGUGUGGGUAUGUCACUCGUAAAAUUUGUGAGUUGCUCUCGACCAAUACUGCAUUUCAAUAAUAUAUAACAAAUAAAACGAAGAAAUCUGAAGAAAAUAAUAACAACAGUCUCCUCGGUUUAGACAAUUAAAUUAGAAAGUAUAAUUUGGUGGCGCCGUGUUUCGGUUUCCCAUUUAUUAUCUCAAUUAACUGAAGAUUUUCGAGUUACCGUGCUUAAAUUGGGGAGUUUCCUUGUUCCUCUUUAUUUCUUCUGAAAAUACCGUUUUUUUUGUAAACAAUAUCUCUGUCUUAUAUAUAUUUCUACUUAACUGAACGGGAUUGAAAUUCAAAAUUCUUUAUUAAAAUUAGAAUGAUAUACAUCACAAUGACGUCAAAAAUUUAAUUAUAUGUAAGUCUAUACCCACAUCCAAAGCGCAGGUGAAAAAAAAGCGGCGCAAUAUGCGACACGUCAGAUUGAAAGUACUAGAUUUAUUUCAAGGUAUAUUUGCCUUUAUCUUUGCAUGAAUUCAAGAGAAGUAAUAUUUUUCUUGGUCAAUUGCAAAAUAUCUAAUACUAUUUCAUAUCAUUCAUUUUAUUAUCUAGAAUAUUCAUUACAGGUACCACCACAUUUUAUAAUACACAUAACAAAAUUCGUACAAAUUCGUUUUCUCAACGUCAUCAUUUAGAUCAACAUUUUAACAUUGAACAAAAUCUCUAUAGUAGAAAAAACAAAAGUUGUAAAUAUUGUCAAUAAUGCACUAGUGAUGUAAAUAAAGAUUAAGUAUAUAAUAUAAAUAAAUAGAAGGUAAAUAACGCAGAAACCGUGUGGGGAAACUACGCUUGGUUAAAAAUAAUUUGUCAUUUCGAUUUGAUGUUUUUAAUGAGAUAUAAUAUUCUUUUGAUGUAGUUUCUGUCCAUAUUGCUGUUUGUGGUUGUGUGUGGAUAUAUUAUUGUUGAUAAACCACAGACUUAAAUACUUGUAGAGGUGUAAUUUUUCUUAGAUGCAAUUUUGGAUAAGAAAAUGAAAAGGUGGCAAUUUUAUUAGUAGAAAUUGAUAUAUAUUUAACGUAAAAAAAUUAUAUUAUUCCGAAAUUAAACUGAUCUUAAGAUUUAUAAAAAAUCUUUAAUAAACAAAUUGUCGUAUUAAUUAAAACUAAUCAUGAAUAAAAACGAAAUAUUUUUGUUUGUAAUAACUUAAAUCAACGAAAAGCAUUUUUCGAUGAAUCACUUGAAAAGAAAGUUACAAAUGCUGCCUUUUCGUCUUCAUCCACUUAACGAACUUAGCCCACCUGGUGCCACAUGAUUGUGACCUAGUUUGUCUUGUAGAGUUGGCACUGCACCGAGGUGAGAGAAUAUCGCUCUAGUGGUUCGAAUAACUACUCGAUUUUCUACUCGAUUCAGACGUGAGCAAUUUGUGCAAACUUACCACCUAAUCAAUCUUUAAGAUUUCUUUGUUUUUUGAGAAUAAUUUAUUUUUACUGAAUAUUUUUGUAAAUAAAUUGUUGGAUUCGAUUAUUUUCAAGUUAACUAAAGAGUUUUAAUCAUAAUUGAAACAGCCAACUUCAAAAAAUUGUGUUCAUUUUGUUACCUGAUUUUCAAAAUGUAUGCAAAAGUAAUAAUUUAAUUGUUUGUAAAUAUAAUAAUUGACUUGUUCGAACCAUUUUUGAGAAAUAUUCUCGUCACGUCGUGAUUUUCCGGCCUAAUCUAUUAAUAUAAGUAACGCCUACUUUCAUACCUAUAUACGAACCUCUAUAAUAACAGCAAAAAAAUUUCAACUUAUAAAAGAUGGCUGUUAUGAGUUUAACGGUAAUUUCAUUAUGAAUCAACAAUCACACAGUCUUGUAGGCAAACGGUUCAAAGUUUUUUUCAAUCAUCCUAUGUUACGUAGAUGAUUUUUUUUUACUUUGACGUGUCUUUCACUCCUUUUUAUUUAAAUGUCUGUAAAAUAAAAAAAAAUAAUUUUGGUGAGAGUAAAAAUUUUAAUUAUUAAAAAAAUGCUAAUAUUUUUUCGAAAAAAUGUUUUAACAAUUUGGACCACAUGACUGAUCAGCUUUGUGCGGUUUCAUAGUGAAAAAUACUACUCAAUUUUAUUAUUAUAUUGCUUACUUUUUGUAUAUAAUUUAUUUAUGUUUUUCUAUGUUUAUGUCCGAUUUUUGAUGAAAACUUACAUUUAUACAUUUAAUUUUAUUUUUCUUGAAUGAAUGCUACCCCAAAAAUAUUUUUAUUUCUAUUUUUUCAAUAUUUUUUGUCAAAUGUCCGCAUAUGAUAGAUAUACUAUGCUUAACUAACAUUUUUGAUAUUAAAACAUUUUUAAGAAUAAUCUUAUACGAUCAUGGACAGCUCAUUAUACUUAAAAAAAUAAAAGACAUCAAAAAUCGGACAACAACAAUAACAUUUUAUUUGAUGUAAAAAUUGUUAUUUAUAUUAUUGCUAAAGCUUUUGAGGUACAAAGUAUUUUUCGACGGUGUUAAGGGGUCACUAGGGGCCAGUAUCUCCUUUCAUGUUAUAAGCCCAAAUACUUAACUAUUACAAAAAAUACGGAUCGCCGCAGGAAAAUGCUUUAAGAAAUAUUUUUGUAUUUUCCGUUGUCGAUAAAAUAUUUUAGAUUCUUGCUGAAAUAUAUGUAUGAAAUUCUCUUUUUUGUAUAUUUCUUUAACAUAUUUUACUUAUUAAAAACCAAAUUUUAAAAAUAUAUUGAUAAAGUUGAAAUGGCAAUUACAUAAUUAGUAUUUAUACUAACAAUUUUAAAAUUAUAAGUCUAUUGAAUAAGAAAUCAAUAGGCCAUAUUUAUUUAGUUACCAUUUCAAAAUUAUCAAUAUAUUUUUAAAUUUAAGUUUUUCUAAAAGGUAAAUUCUUAAAGGUUAUUUUUUUAUUUCAGUCAAAUGUUUUCCAUUCUCAAUUCGACCGUUUCAAUGUUGGCAACAUUUGUGAAAUGUCAGAAUUCCGUUAAAUAAAAAAUCAUACCUCAGGUACUUUAUUUGUCUGAUGUGAUUAGAUAAAUAAAUAAAUAAUAAUAAUAAUAAAUAAAUAUAUUAGGACAAAUCACACAGAUUGAACUAGCCCCAAAGUAAGUUCGAGACUUGUGUUAUGGGAUACUAACUCAACGAUACUAUAUUUUAUAACAAAUACAUAUAUAGAUAAACAUCCAAGACCCGGGCCAAUCAGAAAAGAUCAUUUUCCAUCAUGACCCGACCGGGGAUCGAACCCGGGACCUCUCGGUUCAGUGGCAAGAACUUUACCACUGCGCCACCGCAUAUACAAAUAUACAACCAUUACAUAGAAAAUAGUUAAUAUUCAAUUAGUUUGACUAAAAUAACGUGUUUUUGACAUUUGUAAAACAAUCUACAUUAUUUAAUAACUUCCUCUCACAUUUUUGAAUGUCAUACAAAAUAGAUUCUGGCAAAACAUUGAGCAAUCGAAGGAAUAUCUAAUGGAUAUCGGUGAAAUAUAGAAAUUUACGUCAAUAGCGAUCUUGAACUGUUGCAAUAACAAACCAUUUGAUUUACGAUCGAUGUAGCUGUCAGUUCUCUAACAAUAUUCUAAUAAUACAGUGUUCAAUGCAUACCGUCUAUUCCGUUGCCGCGGCCAUUUUGAAUCUUACUGUUAUCUAAUGCCAAAGAAAAACACAUCGGAAAUGUUCAUACUUUGUUUUAUGGUGAUUCGUGUUGAAAUACUUUAUAAGAGAGUAUAUUGUUUUUGCUAUUUUUAGUUACAUCUACUAGUUAGUAUAUUUUAUUGAUAAUUCAUUGAAAAAUCAUAUUUGUAUUUAAUGAAUACAAAAAUAGCAAUAUAUUUAUAUGAAAACAUCUGCAAUAUUUAAAUAUGCUUCAAAUUUUAUAAAAACUUUAAUAUCUAGUCUCCAGUGACCCUAAACUCCUUAUAGCUGCUAUUACGUUAAGAGUCGGUUGCAACAGUCAACUUUAACGUUAAUUUUAACGUCGGCUCAUAAAAUAUAACAUUUAUGUACUUUGCAAUCUUGCAUCCGAUUUCGUAUAAACCUAUUCUGUAUGAAUUAUAUUUUAUAUGUAUGUUGUAUAAUAUUGUGGCUCUUAAACUGUACCUAGUUAUAUUUAUCGAAAAUUAAAUAUUUUAUAAAUAAUGAAAAACAUUUUAGCAAUAUAUCCGUCUCUAAAAUCAGUAUGAUCAAAUCAUAGAAACCUAUCUUCAAAUCUUCGAUCCCUGGUUCAAAUACAAUGCUUACAUAAUCAUGCGCAGGAAACAUAUGUUCCAGUGAAUUGGGUACCUUAUCUUGUCAAGUUGGUUACCCCGACCCUGUUCCAAUCAAUCGUGUCAUCUUACCCCUAAUAUUAGAACCAACCCUUGUGAAAUGUAUCAAAACCUACCUAUCCAUAUUGUAUUUUCUUAUGUAGGGUCGUAAAGCGACGAAAUAAAAAUUAGAUUUCAA